AAAGAAACCAGAGAAGUUCAAGUUGGUUUGGAUUUUCAGCCCAUGGUAGCAAAUUUACCACUUAUUUCCCAAAACACCCCAAAAAACUUGACAAGCAGUAAUGAUAUCAAGUGAUGAGAGUUCCAGUGAUGAUGGUGGUUUUAAAGAAUCCAAUAAAACCGGCAGUGAACAUGGAAAGAAAAAACCACAAAAUAUUCACAAAAAUGUCAAAACACAAAUUGUGUGUGAAACUGUGGUAAAUAACAGAAGGGAUAAAAAGAAAAUGUGCAAAUCUGAUUUCAUAAAAUCUGCCACAGAUUCAUCAUUAGAUUCAGACAACUUGUUGGACAUUUCAUCUAUGAAAAAACAAAAAUUGAAAAAAAGACGCCUUCAUAAUUUUCCAAGUGAGGUUCAUUCUCCCAUGAAAAGAAAUAAACUUAAAGAUGAAUCUUGUUCUAGUUUGUCAGAAAACGAAGAACCAAGUACAUCACAAAGAAAAAGAAGAAGAAAAAAACUGAAAAAGAAAAUAUUGACACAGGAUGAUUCUGAUGAAUGUUCUGAUAAAGAGAUUGGUGAAGUGGAUCAUUCCGAUGAAGCCACUAUCCAACAUGUACAGAAUUUGGACGACGGUAUCGAAGACGAAAAUGAUAGUGAUGUCCAAGAAGAUGAAUUUGCAGCUAUUAAAAAAGAACUGUCUGAGAUGUCAUUUGAGGAACGUGCAAAACUCCGUGAUAAACUUGGUAUUAAGGUAUAUAACCAGGUUGUUCAUGGGGAAAGAAAACAAAGACCUGAAAAGAAUAUGAAGAGAACAUUCAAACGUGAAAACAAAAACAGACCAGUGGAGUUAUCAUCCAAAAAACGUACUCCAUUCCUCCGAAACGUUAUACCAGUGAAGAAGAAGAUUAUUCGGGAUCCAAGAUUUGAUGACUUAUCUGGGGAGUUCAACGAACAUCUCUUCAAACAGUCAUAUGGUUUUAUUGAUGAUAUAAAGGCAAAAGAAAAACAGAAACUGGAAAAACUACUGAGGAAGGAAAAAGACAGCAAAAAGAAAGAAAACAUAAAGUUUCUGCUUAAUCGAAUGAGGCAGGAGGAAGUAGCUGAGAAGAAGAAGAAGGAGCGUCGUAGUUUGGAGAAGCAGUGGAAGAAGAAAGAGAUGACAAUGGUUCAUGAUGGCAAAACACCAUUCUUCCUCAAGAAAGGGGACUUGAAAAAGAUGGAACUGGCUGAAAAAUAUAAGGAACUUCAGAAAAGUGGAAAACUGGACAACUAUUUGAGCAAAAAGAGAAAGAAAAAUGCAAGCAAAGAGAAAAAGAAACUCCCAACAUGAAAAUGGAUUCUGAAUCCUGAAUGAAAUUCAGUGUUACUGACAGUGGCAUACAUUUGUAUUUAUGGUGUGUUCAUUGAUGUUUUAAAAAUGUGUGAGAAGUCUACCUAAGAAAAUAAACAUGUAUUUAUGAAAAA